GGCUGGGGACUGCUGACCCGGGGCUGCUGCCACCGACUUGCCCCCUAGGCCAGCCUGGGGCAGCCCUGUGGUGCUGGCGCCGCAGCGGGGAGCGGUGCCUGUGCGGGGGCGCAUGUGGGACCCGUUAGCGCCAUGCGACGUGGACAGGAGGUUGCAUCAGCCGCUUUAUCUGCCAAGAGGCGCAGGUUGUGGGGCCCCAGAUAGCAGAUGUCACAGCUCCCAUUAACCCUUCAUGUACCGGCACGGGCAUGGUACUCGGCAGUGCCCACCAGCGCAGCUGGGCCCUGCUGCAGGGCCUUGCCCAACCAGGCACCAGGGCAGGGCAGGAGCUGUGCCCUGCUGGGGCUGGGGUGCCUCGAACAGAGGUGCAAGGCCCUGGCACGUGUAGCAUAAGUCCCUGCCUCGUGCCAACCCUGCAGUCCUGCCCAUCCCAGAGCAACAGGGCUGCGGCGUGCCUGGCUUGGGCACCGGCGUCCUGCCCAACUGGGGAGCCCCCAAUCAUGGGGCUGGGAAGUGCAGGUGCGAGGGGCACUGCGACUGCCCCCACUGAAUGCCCUCCCCUGCCUGCAGGCCCCAGAAGGGGUUAAUGUGCAGGCGCUCUCCAGAUAUUUGAAGCGAGCGCAGGGCUGGGGGUGCCUCGGGUGGGGGGGUGCAGCCCCUGCCGCUAGCCAAUGACGAGAGGGUCCGUGCCCAACGCCCAGCUCCAGGGCUUAUUUCACAGGACAGGAGCUCGCAGAGGGCUCCUUCUCACGGCAGCUCCUCGUGGAUAAAAGAGCUGGGCUGGGCCUGGGCGCUCUGCGUCUCCCUGGUGCCACAGGAGCCUCGACAUGGAGUCAUACCUGAUCCACAUGAAUGGGCACGGGGACCAUCCCGCCAUCCUGGAUGUCCACGUCAACAUCGGUGGCAGUGGCCCAGCCCCGGGCAAGGGGAAGGGCCGGAAACCGCGGUGGGCAGUGAGGGCCUCUGAGAUGUCCAAGAAGACCUUUAACCCCAUCCGCGCCAUCGUGGACAGCAUGCGUGUGGAGCCCAACCCCAAGAAGCCCAUGAUCUCUCUGUCCAUCGGUGACCCAACAGUGUUCAGGAACCUGCCCACGGACGACGAGGUCACCCGGGCAGUGAAGGAGGCCCUGGACUCGGGGCGCUACAAUGGCUACGCCCCCUCGGUCGGGUACCAGUCGUGCCGGGAGGUCAUUGCUGCCUCCUACAGCUGCCCAGAAGCACCUCUGAAAGCCCAGGACGUCAUCCUGACCAGUGGCUGCAGCCAGGCCAUCGAGCUCGCCUUGGCAGUGCUGGCCAACCCAGGCCAGAACAUCCUGGUGCCCCGGCCCGGCUUCUCCCUCUACAAGACGCUGGCGCUCUCCCUGGGCAUUGAGGUCAAGUUCUACAACCUCCUGCCUGAGAAGUCCUGGGAGAUCGACCUGAAGCACUUGGAGUCGCUGGUGGACGAGAAGACUGCCUGCCUCAUCGUGAACAACCCGUCCAACCCCUGCGGAUCCGUCUUCAGCAAGAGCCACCUCCAGAAGAUCCUGGCAGUGGCCUCAAGGCAGUGCAUCCCCAUCCUGGCCGAUGAGAUCUACGGUGACAUGGUGUUUGCGGACUGGAAGUAUGAGCCCAUCGCGGUGCUCAGCACCAAUGUGCCCAUCCUGUCCUGUGGGGGCCUGGCCAAGCGCUGGCUGGUGCCUGGCUGGAGGAUGGGCUGGAUCCUUGUCCACGACCGGAGAGACAUCUUUGGGAACGAGGCCAACGCCGACCUGUGCUACACCGCCCUGUGCGCCGUGCCCGGCCUGCGGCCCAUCCGGCCUGCGGGGGCCAUGUACCUCAUGGUGGGGAUCGAAAUGGAGCAUUUCCCCGAGUUCGAGAACGACAUGGAGUUCACGGAGCAGCUGAUCGCAGAGCAGUCGGUGUUCUGCCUGCCGGCCACGUGCUUCGAGUACCCCGGCUUCUUCCGCGUGGUGAUCACGGCACCCGAGGAGAUGAUGAUGGAGGCCUGCGCCCGCAUUCAGGAGUUCUGCGAGCAGCACUACCAGGGCAGCGAGGUGGCCCAGGACCUGGAGUGCGACAAAUAGCCGAGCACAACUUGCCCCUGCCUCCAUCCAGCCGUGCCCCAUGCAGCACCAGCACCCCGCCACCCCUUGCCUGGAGCAGGCUCCUGUCCGGCCGCUGCCCUGACGUCCUCAGCAUCACAGGCAGCAAGCACUUGGUGCUGUGCCUGCAGUCCCUCCGCCCCUCCCAGGGCACUGCCCUCCUGGAGCCCAUGUGCAGGCUCGUGCCACUCAGCCCCCCACCCCUCCCUCGGACGGGGAGGCAUCACCUGCUGCUCUGCUCCUCCAGGUUGGGCUCCAUGCAUGGCAACAGCUUCCCGCUCCCUGCCCCUCACAGCUCCGCUCAGUCUUGAGCUGGACUCUGCCCAACAGGCCCGUGCCAGACCCCAGUGCUCAGCCCCUCCCUCGGGCCAGGGCAGGGCUGGACAGUCGGGCGACAGCCCCUUCUCCAUCUAUGCCUGACGCUGCCCUCUGCAGCCGCCGGUCUUGUCUUCUUCAGCACCAUCCUCACCUGAGCACCUUCCGCUGUGCCUUUUGAGCUGCAAAUGAUAUAAGUUAUUGUGACUUUUUGUACGAAUAAAGGUUCUG